AUAUUUUCUUAUACAGUUCUGGAAAACAAUACAAUAAUGGGUCGCGGUUACGAUUUAUUAUUUAUUCUAGUAACGUUUUUAGCAUUGGUUGCAGCCGUAACUUCACAAGGAAAUCGUGGUUCCAACCGUGGUCGAAGACCUCGGGUUGGGUUUUAUGGGAACAGAUGCCGAAACGUAGAGUCCAUUGUGGCGUCGGUGGUUCGACAACAUGUCCGGUCCAACCCGGCUAAUGCCCCCGGGAUUUUGCGUAUGCAUUUUCAUGACUGCUUUGUUCGUGGCUGUGAUGGUUCAGUUCUUCUCGCUGGUAACACCAGCGAGAGAACCGCCGGUCCAAACCGUUCAUUGAGAGGGUUUGAAGCUAUUGAAGAAGCUAAGGCUAGGCUUGAGGCUGCUUGUCCUAGAACUGUUUCUUGUGCGGAUAUUCUCACCCUUGCUGCACGCGAAGCCGUUGUUUUGACCGGUGGACAAGGAUGGCGAGUGCCAUUGGGACGUCUUGACGGCCGAAUCUCGCAAGCCUCGGACGUGAACUUACCUGGACCAUUCGACCCGGUCGACAAGCAGAAGCGAGACUUCGCUGAUAAAACUCUCAACACAAUAGACCUCGUAACUCUUGUUGCCGGACACACAAUAGGAACUGCUGGUUGCGGUUUGGUAAGAGGCAGGUUCUUUAACUUCAACGGCACAGGAAGACCCGACCCAUCUAUUGAUCCGAGAUUCGUACCAUUGGUUCAGGCUCGAUGCCCUCAAAAUGGAGACGCAUCAGCCCGAGUGGAGUUAGACACCGGUAGUGGUGGUAGGUUUGACAUAUCGUUCCUCAGGAACGUGAGGUCAAGCCGUGUGGUUCUCCAAUCUGAUUUAGUCUUAUGGAGGGAUCGCGAGACCCGAGCCAUCAUAGAACGGUUUUUAGGCUUGCGCCGACCAUUCUUGAGGUUUGGAACAGAGUUUGGGAAGUCGAUGGUCAAGAUGAGUCUUAUAGAUGUUAAGACAGGGUCAGAUGGGGAGAUUCGUAGGGUUUGCUCUGCGAUCAACUGAUUAAGAAUAUGAAAGCACAACAGUGUGGUUUGGUUUUGAUUUAUGAUGGUUAAUCAAUAAUCAUUUUGUUUUAUACAAUAAUUAAGUUUUCUAUAUCAUCUUGUGGUUUGGUUGUUACGUUAUGAAUAUUCAAGUGUAAGAUUGUAAUUGUAACAUUAAUGUAUGAUACUAUAAGAUUGUCAUCUGUUUCUUUACUCGAGCACGGAAGGUAUUUGCAUGAACAAACUAUUUAAAG